ACCUUUUCAACUGAUGUUCUGUCAGUAGAAAAUAUGUGGAAGCAGCAGAAUGACAACUAGUAUUCAUUAUAUUGUGGUGCUGCUUUUACUACUUGUUGAGAUUUAUGGAAACAUAAUUCUCGAAACGGUUCAAAAUAAAGACAAAAAAGCCAGUCUCACUGAAGAAUGUCGAUCUACAUUAGAACUUUACUCGUACAACUGGAAAAAUUCUUCCGAGGAUGACUCAUGGGCAUUGAAAAUGUGGGAUUCAAGUACCAAGAUUCCUGUGGGACUUCUGUCGUAUGAUUCCAAAGAAAUGGGAAACUUCAUGGAAUGUGUUGAGACAAAGUCGAAGUCGAAUGAAGUAUUUGGCAAAUAUUGCCUUGGAAGUAUUACAGCUAUUAACAUAUCUUGUUGCAAUGCAACAAAUAAUAAUUCCCCUAGUUUUGAAGUACAGGUGCAUUUGGAAAAACUCCUAACUCUAGCAGCUCCAGGAUUCGAGUUAUAUACUUUCCCCACGUGGGCCAUAUGUAUUCCCAGGAACUGCACAGACAGUGACGUACAGGUGAUCAUGAGUAACCUGCAGGAAGUAGGGGUUACUUUGGAAUCCCUUACAUGUCAGACAAUUGAUGAUGUGUAUCCCCAGUUGACAACAGGGGCUGUCAUUGGUAUAACAAUUUUGAGCGUAAUCGUAGCAGCUAUAGGAUUGUCUACUUGUUAUGAUGUAUACUGUCAUUUCCUUAAAAAAGAUUUCGUCCAACAGAUGUUCAGAGCCUUAUCCAUUUAUACCAACAGUGGAAAAAUCUUCCAGAUGAAGAAAGAAAAUUCUGGACAGAUUGGUUGUCUGACUGGAAUCAGAGUAAUAAGUACAAUUUGGAUAGUCAUUGGGCACACAAGACAUUUUUAUGUUUCUGGCCCCAUCGUCAAUUCGAAGGAUGCGGUGACAGACAACUUUAUUUUAAUGAAAGCAGUUGCGGAGCACGUUCAUGCAGUUGACACAUUUUUGAUGAUUGGUGGAGUACUUGUAACAUAUGUAUUUUUCAAGCAAAAACGAUACGAAAAAUCAUUUAAAAUUGUUGGAUACUACAUUCAUAGAUACGUAAGAUUGACUUCUCCUUUAGCAGGCUUAGUAUUAUUCAGUGCAACCCUUGUGAUGUAUACUGGAUCAGGACCUCUUUGGUACACAAUUAUUGAGAGAUUUGGAAACAACUGUUCUAAAUACUGGUGGUCAACUUUAUUGUAUAUUCAGAACUACUAUAACGUAGAUAAUAUGUGCCUACCACAUACCUGGUAUUUGAACGUCGACAUGCAGUUGUUUCUAAUAUCGCCAAUUAUAUUAUACCUUUUGAAAACACGACCCAAAACAGCGAUUACGAUAUUGGGAUUCGCUUCUUUAGCAUCGAUCUCUGCAGGGUUAUGGUCGGUUCAUCAGUUGGUCGAUAAGAGCAAUUUAGGUGUCUCCUCGGAAGUCUUCUUCAAUAACUACUAUCUGAAAACGCACUCUAGGGCAGAACCUUGGCUGAUAGGAACGAUUUUUGGAUACCUAUUUGCAGGAGACUUAUUGAAACCCAGAAAGAUACCAAAGACUUUAUUGAUACCUAUUUGGGCAGCCUGCUUCACGGUGAUGACAAUGUGCGUAUUUGGAGAUUACUUUUUCUCAAAUGAUUUGAAAAACUCAUUAUGGAACGUAUUGUUUGUGGUUCUUCGAAAAUCGGUUUGGUGUAUAUGCCUGGCUUGGAUCAUUUGGGCUUGCACUGCAAACCGCAAAGGUAUUCUGAAUAUAAUACUUUCAAAUUCAGUAUUCCAGUUCCUGGACCAAUUUUCAUACAGCAUAUAUCUUUUACAUCAUGUGAUUGUGAAUAUCAUAGUCUUUUCUCAGAAAAUUCCUUAUUUCUAUACAGCGAUGAACGUGGUUUACUCCUUCUGUGGCAUAUAUAUGUUCAGUCUCGGAUUAUCUGUUAUUUGGGUCUUGAUUUUCGAAAUUCCAAUAAUUGUUUUACAGAAAAAUGGAUAUUCAAACGCAAAUAAAAUAAUCUGAAUUUUUU